AUGACCGUGGACGAGGUCCUGGAUGAGAAUUUGACACUUCAAGAGGAGCAAGGGGAGCUUGCUGAAGCUUUUGUCGCCUAUGACAAGGAUUCCUCCGGGUGCCUCAACCUGUCCGAGCUGAUGCACGGACUGGUCGACGGUCGGAAGAUCGAUGGAGCCACGCACUCACAUCCAGUUGCCAUGCACAGCGCUGGCGUGAAUGAGUCCGUGGCUCAGAAUUUCCUCGCGCUCCACGAUCAGGAUCUUUCUGGCUGCCUGAACUUGAGCGAGUUCCUUGGAGCGGACGUGCUGAAGUGGUCCCAGCCUUCCGCGUUGCUUCAGACGACCAUUUCGGGAGGUUGCCUUGACGGGCAUACCGAGACAGUCAAGCAAAUCGGGGGGUGUCUGAAGAAAGUCAACGUCAAGAACAUCUUCCCGUCCUUCUGGAAGACCGUCACCAAGCUCGUGGACUGCUUUGUCGAUAUCGUCGUGGAAAGGGCCAAGGACUUCGCCGGCUGCCUGAAGGACGUGUUCUACGGCGCGAAGGAGGGCAACGCCUGCGCAAUCUACGGGGCGGACCUCCGGGAUGUGUAUUUUGAUCCGCUGGACAUGCACCGCGUGGGAAGAACCGUGGAGAGCAGCUCAACAGCCUGCCAAGACCGUUGCAACAGCGUGGCGGGCUGCGCACACUGGAGUUACUGGCCCAACGGAGGCUGCCACCUUCAGGACAGCCUCGCCACGCCCACGACCCGGAACAACCAGGGGGUCGUCGCCGGGCCUCCGACCUGCUCGAAGAUCCAAACCGUCAUUCCGGACCCCUUCUUCAACGGCAAGAAGUGCGGAGUCCCUGGCAGUCCCAAUCGCGUCUUCACCCUCAGGAAUGGGGAGGCGACCGAGGAGAAGUGUUCUCGCAGGUGCGAGACGGAGCGCGACUGCUGGUACAUGUCGGCCAUCUUCGGCAGCUUCUGCAUUGGAUGCAAGAAGCCCCUUGACAGCGUUCACACCGGCACCCUGGCGUACAAGGCGUGCUCGAAGCUCGGAGGGAUCUACCAUCCCUUUGAAUUCAGCGCUCUCCCCAUGUCUUACGAGGCCAGUGCGGAGGCCUGCCAGGCGAGGUGCACACAAACUUUCAGGUGCUACUUCUUUUCCUACGUGCCGGAUAAGAGAUGCUAUCUUCAUCCCGACGUAGCCACAUUUGAGGCCCGUGACGACAAGCCCAUCGUGUACGGCCCCAAGACUUGUCAGGUAGCCCCUGCGACCCCGGCGAUGGAGCCACUACCUGACCUGGAUGGGUGGAUGAUGGGAAAGCAUCUUGAGAUCUUCAAUCUCUUCCGGUCGAAAGGGGAGUUUACCAGCGAGGAGAACUGCGCUAUCACGUGUGCUACACACCCCGAGUGCAUCUUCGUGAAUAUGCCCAUCGACAGCUCUGGGAAUCCAAGCAGAUGUCAGGGCAUGAAGCGCGAGCUCAGCCUCAAUGGAGAGUUCAGUGGGGAUCAUGGGCCUGGCUACUCGUUGCGGGGCCGGUGUUGA